AUAAAAAAGAAAAAAUAUAGUUUAGAAAAAAAGAUAAGAUUUUAGUUGUUUCUCUUCUCUAAAAGAUAUUUAAUAAAUUAAUUAAAGAGAUCGAUCAAUAGUUUAAUUAAGAUCAAACAAAAGCAUAAAAUAAAUAGUAAAUAAAGCGUUUAGAAAAAUAUUUUUGGAAUGAGUGAUUAAUAAGUGUAGGAAUAGGACUAUUAAUAUAACGAAGAAAAUCAAGAGGUGAAUCAUGAUUAAGAAUAAGAGCAUAGGGGUGAUGGAUCUAAUUUAAAUUUUGAUGAGGAAAACAAUUAGUAGGAUUAAGUAGCAGAAGAAGGUGGUGAGAUGGAGUUGGAAUAGCAUCAAGAUUUGAACGAAGAGCAUUAGCAAAAUGAAUAAAUUGAACACAAUCAAGAUCAUUAAUAAUAUGAUGAAGGCAAUUAUGAACAUUAAGAACAAGGAGAAGGAUAAGAAAUGCAUCAUCAAGAAAACUAAGAAGACUAAAUGCAAGAAGGCGGAGAAUAGCUAAUGGAAUAAUAAAAUGAAAAUUACCAUUAAUAGGAAGGUUAAGAAGAGGAAUAAGAAUAGUAGUACUAAUAAGAGUAGGAGGAUUAGAUUCAAGAUGAAAAUGAAGAGUAGAAUUAUGAUGGUAAUGAAGAGCUUUAGUAAGAACAAGUAGAAUAGCAAGAAGAGUAAAAUCAAGGUGAUGAAAAUUAAGAGCAAUAAUAACAUGAGGAGGAUGAGCAAAAAUUGGAAUAUCAAAACGAAGAUCAACAACAUUAAGAGUAAUAAGAAGGAGAACAAGAAAAUUAGGAUGAUGUCUAAUUCUAAAAUGAUCAAAACGAAGGAUACGAAUAAAUAGAAGUUAAGGAAGAUGAAAACAAAAUUGAAGAAGAAUAAGAAUAAGAAUACAACCAAGAAAUGAAGAAUGAAGAAGAAGAUGAAUAAUAAUAGGAUCAAAACUAAGAAUAAGUUAGCUAAUCUUAGUAAAAUCAUAUGGAGCAUUUAGAAUAAUAGCAAGAGCAUUAAUAACAAAAGGAAGAGGAGGAAUAAUAUUAGCAGUAGCAAGAAGCCAACGAAAACUAGUAGUUAUAACACCAAUAAUAAUUUGAAUAAUAAAAGCAAGAAGCUAAGUAUGAAGAGCCAUCUGAACCUGUCAAAAUGCUCUCUCCAGAGGAAUUAAACAACAUUUUUAAUGAAUUUAAAGCUUCUAUUCGCAAUUACUUAGUUGAUAAAGUUGUUGACAUAUUGAAAAAGUACUAGAAAAUUUAUAACAUUGCUAAUAAGGUAGACACUUAAACUAGAUAAAUCAGUACCUACAUAGCUGCUAACUUAGCAACCGACGAAUAGACUUAUAACAUGCUCAAAACCUUAAUUGAUUAUGGCGCUAAUCCUUUGUUUAGAGAUUAAUUAAAGGAAUCAGUUUUGUUCUAUAUAGCUAAAGAUGGUAAAAUGAAAUCCUUCUAGCUCCUUAUGGAACAUGGCGCUCAACCCAACGAAGAGGAUUCCAACGGAUAAACCCCUCUUUUCUUUGCUUCUAGAGAUAAUAGAAUUGAAAUGGUUAAAGAAUUAAUUAGAUGUGGAGCUGAUGCUUUCCAUACUGAUAAAAUUUGCAGCUAAACUGCUCUUUUCUACGCUGCCAGAGAAGGAAAUAACGAAAUUUGUAACAUUUUGAUAACUAAUGGAUGCAAAGUUAACCACUAAGAUUCCACUAAGAAGAAUGCUGUUUUCUUCGCUAGGAGAAACAACAAAAAAGAUACUGUAGAACUUUUGUAAGAAUACAUGAAUAAAAUAAAAAAUGAAGAAUAAAAAGCUAAAGAAAUUCCCCCUAAGAAAGUUACAAAAGGCGCAGUCAAAGAAAUAGCACCUCCUAACCCAGUUGCUGAGCCUACUUCUCAAUCGGCUGAGUAAUUGAUGUCUUUUGAUUAAAAAUCUAUAGAUAAAAAGAAUGAUUCAAAGCAAAGAAACAGAAAGUCAAACAAGGAUUAAGCCAAAAUGUCUUAUAAGUUAGUUUAUACAGAUGAAAAUGGGUAAUAAAGAGAAUUAUCAAGAGCAGAAUAUUUAGAGUUCAAAGCAAAAUAUCCUCAAAUUACAAAGAUUAUUGAGCACGCAGACGAAAUGAUUAAUGAAGACGUUUAUGGAAAGGAAAAAGAUAGUUGGGAAAAAGUUGCUAAGAAAGUUUUAUAAGCAAUUUCUAAAGUUAAAGGUUGCUAUUUAUUCCAACAACCUGUAGAUGUUGUUCGUUAUAAAAUUGAUGAUUAUUAUGACAUAGUUAAAAAGCCAAUGGAUUUCGGUACAAUUAAGAAUAAAUUAAACACAAAUGUGUAUGAAAAUUGCAAGUAGUACUUAGAAGAUAUGGAAUUGGUCUUCUAUAACUGUAUUUUAUAUAAUGGAUCUGACUCAGAAGUUGGCAGAGUUUGUCUCAACGUUAAAUAAGAAUUUAAGAAAUAGUGCCUAUUAUUUGACAUUUACCAAUAUCUCUCUCCAGACCAAUAAGAAGGAUAUGGAAAUGAGAUGAAUGACAGAGAUUAAUUACAAUUAGCUCAAUAAGGAUAAGGAUAACAAAUUUCUCAUUAUAAUGAUCAACAAUAAAUGUAAAGCUAAUAAAAUGUUGAAGAAUAAGAAGGAAAUAAUAACCAAUAGCACAUUAGUUAAUCCUAUAAUUAAGAAUCUUAAAAUGAUAUGGGAUAUAAUUAAGGUGAACAAUCUAACAGUAAUUAGUAAAUGAGCUCACAAUAUUGA